AUGCUAAAGCUGCUGCAGACAAUGGCCUUGAUAGACGAUUGUGGUGGUGUUUUGACUGUGUAUUUCCCAUCUUCCUCCAACUCUGAUGUUGCUGCGGCAGCUAGUUACCUGCUGGUCUCCGUGGACAAACGGGCAGCUCGCCCUUCUCUCGUAUCAAUUGAUGGAGCGAGGAAAAAAAGAGGGAGCAUCGAGCAUCCAGAAAGAGAGAGCUCUCCCAAUAAUAACAGCUCCCCGAAGCUCCCUGAGCUCCCAAAGCUCCUUUUCGUCCCCUCUCGUUCAGAUCCUCCAGGGCCUGGCCAGGGUGGAAGGAAACCAAAUUAG